GAAACCAGUGUCGAUCCCGGAACCUGGGCUGACUAUUCGGAUGCAAUAAUUGACGGUGAUACGGGAAUACUAAAAACAUGCGACUCGCAGAGCCGAAAGAUUUAACCAGUUCCGUCGCACCGAUAUCUUACUUCAACUUUAUCGUCGGUGUGAACCUGUUUCGAUCAAGUCAUUCAAAGAAUAUCCACGCUCUGAUCACGCUCUACUUUACUGUGUUUUGGAUUUUAUGUGUAUUUAUGUAUUACACCGCGAUGACCGUGUUGGUUUCUUCGUACUUUGGUAACAGGUCAUCCACCGCUGCUACGAUGUAUCAAGCACUCGUUUAUACGAAUGCAAUCGUUGCACUUACAGUGCCACUGCUUGUGCUGUACAGUCAGAAGGGAUUAGAAGAAUUUAUGCAGCGAAUGGAAAAAUUGACCGAUACCUUUACAACUGUACUGGGAUUCGAGAAGAACUACAAAAGCUUAGUUAGGCAGCAACUUUAUUAUAUCAUGGCGAUUAUAGUCGUUAUCUUAUUGAUAAUGAUUAGUGACUUGUCGUGGCUGAAGAGCGAUCAGACGCUUCUAACAAAUAUUGCAAUCAUGAUAACUUUACAUCAUCCCAUUUUGGUCAUGCUUGUUACCGAUUUCACGUUCUUUUGCGUAGUAAGAUUCGUCUGGAUAAAAUUUCAGCUAAUAAACGUAGCGUUGCUUAGCCUAACGGAACCGCAAAUAAAUCCGUAUAUCAGGACCAAGCUCGUCAAGGUUUCGCCAAAAAAUACGAUAUCCUCCUUCCAAGGAAUUGGUAACGCCGAGACCAAGAAUGCAAGUCAGAAACGUUACUUGUUCCAGACAAUUCGGAAGAGCCACUUGGAACUUUCUAAGCUGGUUGUAAAAUUAAACACCGUCUUUGGCAUGCAAAAUCUGAUUUCGAUGGGGGUGUCGAUGGUCAUGAUAACCGGCCUUCUCUACACCAUAUACAGUGGUGCCCAGAUAAAACAUGGAGUGCGCAACAUACUUAAAGAAAUAUUACCACCUGCAUGCUGGUGCGUUGUUUACAUAUUGAAGAUUCUUGCGGUCAGCCAUUCGUGUGCCAACACUAGCGAUGAGGCUCAGAAAUCAGGACAAAUUAUUUAUACGAUACUUGGAUCAGCAAUCGACAGAGACUUUCAAAAAGAGAUACAAGAAUUCGCGCUUCAAAUGAUCCAAAACCCGGUACGGUUCACUGCUUGUGGAUUCAUCACUUUGGAUUAUACCUAUGUUCAAGGGGUCAUAGGCUCGAUAACCACAUACCUGGUGAUUCUUAUCCAGAUGAGUGACACAUCCGCCGUUCCACCGACCACUUCACCCAACAAAACCGUAACUUGAAUUCACUUUUCCGCAGAUCGAUAUUCAAACAGCUAACGAGAAAACCGUUGUUAAAUGACAAU